AUGUCCAAAGAUUUCUAUCACAGCCUUCUGUCAGCGGUGAGAGAAGAUGACUUGGUAGCGCCGAUCAUUGAGGCUUUGAAACAAAUGGAUAAAGGCGGGAUCUUGGCUUUUCGGAGAAAGGCUGACUGGCAUACGACUUUGACAACUGAUUCUGUCGACGCCGAUCCCGAACAUUAA